CACAAAACCUUAUUAGUUAAUUCUUAUUAGAAUCUAUCAUUAAUAUUUGCCACUUGCACAAACAUUUAUCCCCAUCUGUGAUUAAAUGCCUGAAUUAAAUAUUACAACGAGAUUUAUGAUAUGAUCGACUGCGGCGAAGCAGCAAUAUGGCGACUGUAAGCCAAUGUAGGCUGAACGUCAUAAUAUUACAAUGAGAAAACAAGGCAUAUCGUGCAAAGUAAUAGCCGCGUAUUAAACUCGUAGUUCAAUAAGAUGUUUUUUUACCAAUGACACUGCCAACAAACCAUUUCAAGCGGCGUUACGUAUUUCGUUGAGAUAUUUUUAAGAACCUACACGGAACACAAUAAUGAGUUCUUUGGUAGAACUUGUUACAGAAUAUUCUUAACACUAACAGAAGAACGAAGAAAGAACUUAUAAAUUAUUUGACGAAUGAAAAUCUCAAGCAUAACAAAAUGCAUCUAUGAAAACUUAAUGGCCUAAUGCAUUAUAUAUUAAAGGAAUUCCUAUCGUAAACAUUAAAAUUUUUUACAUUUAAGCAAAUAAACAAACCAAAAUGAACAGAAUAGAUAGCAAUUCAGACAACGAAAGUUGGCACGAAUGUGCCAAAUGGUUGACAAGAUGCGGAGCUUUAAGAGCUGAUCACAAAGCAAAUUGGCCAAAAGCAACUGCAGUUGAUUUAGCUUAUACACUAAGAGAUGGUGUAUUACUAUGCAAUCUUCUAAAUACAGUUGACACCGGUUGUAUAGAUAUGAAAGAUGUGAAUCAAAAACCACAAAUGGCACAAUUUUUGUGUUUAAGAAACAUAAAAGUAUUUUUAUCCGCGUGCUCAACCACUUUUGGAUUAUCUGAUUCUGACCUUUUUGAACCUUCUAUGUUGUUUGAUCUAUCAAAUUUUCAUCGUGUAUUAUGUACUUUAUCAGCUUUAUCAAAUUGUUCCCGUUUAAGACGCAAGGGUAUCCUUGGUUUUUCUGUAGGUCAUGGUAGGUCACAAGAAGAUAUUUAUAAGGGUUUACAAAGUGCUGGUGCAGGUCGUGAGGAUGAAGGUCGUCGCAGAAGAUUUAAAAGGCGGGAGGGAGAUGAAGCAGGUGGAGGAGGAGACCAUGAAGAUCCAGUUGAAGAGGAAGAUGGAUAUGGGGCAUAUUGCAGCCAUGCUCAAAGCGAAGAAAUCUACCAGGACCUUUGUAGUCUACACUUGCCACCUGCUCCAUCUGUUGUGCAGGACGGCGCAAUUUGUGGAGGUGAAAAAAGGGACUAUGUGAUUCAAGAACUUGUUGAAACGGAACGCAAUUAUUCAGACGUUCUUAACAGUUUGCUUAAACAUUUCGUUAGACCUCUUUCUAUGUUAUUACGACCAGAAGAUACAGCACGCAUAUUUUUUGGUAUAAAGGAACUUGCGGAAAUUCAUGCAGGUUUUCAUAGCCAACUUCGAAAAGCGAGAACCGGUGCCGCUUUAGCACAGGUUUUCCUCGAUUGGCGACAAAAGUUUCUUAUUUAUGGCGAUUAUUGCGCGAAUCUUACGCUUGCUCAAAAUACAUUACAGGAAGCCUGUGCACGUAAUGAAUCAGUUAAUCAGGAAGUUAUUAGGUGUCAACAAGAAGCAAAUAAUGGUAAAUUCAAAUUACGGGACAUAUUAUCGGUCCCGAUGCAAAGAGUAUUGAAAUACCAUUUAUUAUUAGAUAAAUUAGUAGAAGAAACUCCUUGCGAUUGGGUAGAAGAUAGGUGUCAGCUUGGAAAAGCUAGAGAAGUAAUGGUUGAUAUAGCUCAAUAUAUUAAUGAAGUAAAACGUGACUCUGACACAUUAGACAUUAUAAAAGAUGUUCAAGCGUCGAUAAUUGAUUGGGACGUUCAAGAAGAUGCACAAUUAAAAGAUUUUGGCCGAUUACUUUUAGAUGGAGAGCUUAAGGUAAAAGCUCACGGUGACCAACGAGUAAAAGUCCGAUAUGUAUUUGCUUUCGAACAAGUAAUAUUAAUCUGUAAAGCAGGUAGAGGAGAGCAAUACUGUUACCGUGAAACAUUACGUUUAGAUGAUUAUCGAUUGGAAGAUCAUACAUGUAGACGAACGCUUGGUAAAGAUUCUCGAUGGUCAUAUCAAUGGUUGCUCGUGCACAAACAAGAAUAUACAGCGUACACAUUGUUCGCCAAAACAGAAGAACAGAAACAAACUUGGAUUAAGGCAUUACAAAACACAAUGGAUAAUGUCAAUCCGGCUGCGUGCCGCAAUACAAACCAUAAGUUUAAACUUACGACAUUUGAUUCUCCGCGUACUUGUCAUCAGUGUGACAAGUUUCUGAAAGGCCGCAUAUUUCAGGGAUACCGAUGUGACGUUUGUCGAAUAGCUGUGCACAAACAAUGUAUUGCACAUUCAGGUAGGUGUAUGCCGGCACCACCUCCACCUCCACCUCCUCCGCCUCUACCAUGCGAGCGUGCUCUUUCGGUAAAAUUAUGGUUUGUCGGAGAAAUGGGACGAGAUACAGCCUCAAAUAAACUAGAACCUCGCGAAGAUGGUACAUACAUGUUACGAGUACGGCCUGCAGGACAACCACGUUUAAAACAUGAAACUAAUUACGCACUUAGUAUCAAGGCAGAUGGAGCGGUGAAACAUAUAAGGAUAUUUAAACGCGACGUCGAUGGUGCUGAUUUAUAUUAUCUCAGCGAAUCUCGUUUCUUCAAAAGUGUAGUCGAACUUGUCGAGUAUUACGAACGAGCGUCGUUGUCGGAAAAUUUUGAGAAAUUAGAUCAGCGCUUAUUAUGGCCGUAUAGACGUGUGUUAGCUAAAGCAUUAUUUGAUUUUCGCGGAGGUGAACGGAAUGAAUUAAGUCUACGACGAGGUUGUAGGGUUGUGGUAUUGAGUAAGGAAGGUGAUGCCAAAGGAUGGUGGAAAGGAAAGAUAGGAGAUCAAGUAGGAUUUUUUCCAAAAGAAUAUGUUGAGGAAGAAUAAUCAUAAAUUAUGUUAUCUAGGUACUUCCUCGAUACGCGAUUGCACACCCAUUAAGAACGUUCUAUGUGUACGUAUCAUCGUGCAGACAUAGAGAUUUAUUAAAACACUCCUCUAUAGAGACCGGAAAAGAAAUCAACUUACAUACAUUAAUAUCAUAAAAAACACAGUUUAUUUUACUGUUCUCUUUGCUUGAGGUUGUGUUAUAUUACAAUUAUAAAAAUAGGAAAUACAUAUUCGCGAACGUGAACUGAGCGUAUAAAAACGAAUACAUUUAGGUACUUGUAUAGAGUAUAGAAUCACAAUUAUUUUUCGGUACGACAUGAGAUAACUAAUAAAGUUAGAAAAACGUCAUAAAGAUUAAAGUUGUCUAUUUUUGUAUGUUAGGAUUAUGUAGAGAAAACAUAUUGCCAAAUGUUUAUACUUUUAGACAACUUCUCUCUUUAUGACUAUAUUUUAAAGUCAAUUGCCAAGCCUCAAUUGUAUAUACUGUAAUUCUGUAAUGUUGAAGAUAAAAAAAUUUUAGCUACUUCUUAAAUAUAAGCGUAUACGUACAUAAA